AUGUCAGUAUUUUUAGAUCAAACUGUCUUUGAUGUCAAUGCUGGAAAAACAGUACCUCUACGAAAAUGGGAAUCUGCAGCUUCAGCAGUGGAAUUGCAGCUACUGUGUGGAAAGUAUCCUUUAAUCAAUAAAUUGUAUUGUUCACAUGCGUUUGUGAUGAUGUAUGAUUUUGACAUUUUGUGCAGGUUUCCUUAACAUUAGAUUUAAGAUUACUAGCUGAUGAGUUCUCACAGGAACUGACUGUUGGGAAUAUUCAUAUGACCACUCGCAUGAAAGUCAAUAGCCAUUCCCUACAUGCUAAUGAUAAACAGGUAAAGGUGAAAUACUUUUGAGAGAUUUACAAACAAAUGUUAGUGACUGACCUAACAGAAAUUGUACUUGCCAUUGUUCUAGGUUUGUGAUGAUACAUCGCAUAGUCAACAAGAAGCAUCUGCUACAACAAAUGGUAAAUUCUAAGGAUCUGUAAUAUCAGUUGAGGGAGAAUUACUACCUUGCUAUGCAUGUUACAGUUUGGUUAUGGAAUGUUUACUUUGUUUUAGGUCAUAUUACUAAUACACUUUUGUGACGAUGUAAGAAAAAUUUACCAGAAAUGUCUAUUAUUUAGGUUGUGUAUUCUCUUUCCUUGUUAGUAAUUCUCAGUUUAAGGAGGCCUCUGUCUAGUUGUUCAUAGACAGAUUUUCAUAGACAGAUUUUCUAAAUUGUUCAUAGACAGAUUUUCUGGGGGGUGCUACCCCCCAAUAUUAGCUAUAACCCCCCCAAAAAAAACACAAAAUGUCCACCCUCCAAAAAAUUUUCAACCCCCCCCCCCAAUAUUCGGCAUAAUAAAUAAAUAAUUAAAUAGUCCACUCCAACGUGCAGAGUGUUGAUGAUACAAAAUAAACGUAGGAGUACACUUGAACAGAAAAAGACAGUGUAACACUCUGAAACUAAUCGCUCCUUGCUUGCAUUCACUGGUUUAUUGGAGCAAUUGUAAAGUUUUGAAACUCUAUUAUCUUCCCUUAAUAGAGUUUGCAGUGCCUUGUCAUGCGAAGAGCUUGCACGCAAGGAAUGUUCGGAAUUUUUACGAACACUAUUUUUAGUUUUUAAUUCUUUUAGGAAAUAUACUUGUCUAGAUUUAAUCUUUACACCCCAAAUAUUAUUUACAUCGGAGUUGCAUCAUAAAUUGUACUUGGAUUCAAACAACACAAUGUCAAUGACUUUAUAAAAGUAAAAGCAUAUUGUGUAUUGGCCUACUGGGUUUAUACUUUUACAGGUUCAUUUAACUUUAAGUCUUAAACUCUCUCAAGUCUCAACAGACAAUCAGACAUGCCAAGUCCAUUGAUAUGACAAAUUGACAACUUCAAAAAAUGUUUUUUCGAAGCAAGAAAUCAUGAUUUUUUUCAAAUUUUCCCUGGGAUACUUUGUUUUCUGCUCUCUAGACUCCCCCUCACGGCUCUAGUGUUCCACCCCUAGAAUAUAGACCUUAUUGGGGUUUGGUGACAGUUUGUGUUGCUUCAGUCACCUGCUCACGGCUCACCCCCCUAAAAUUUCUGGCACCACCCCAGUAAUAAAUAUGAAAAUCCAUCUAUGAAAUUGUUACUUUUUCGUAACACAAAGUUAUUUUAAUUACAUUCUUUUCAAGCACAAGACAUACGUGAAGUCCACAUAACCACUGUUGAAAGAGUGUCUUUUCCCUAUGUGAUACCAAACUUUCCAGUCUUGACAGUUGAUCUAAUUAAGGUGAAAUUUGUCUGGAAUGGUAAGGAAUGUCAAGGUUUGAUUAAUGCAAAAGAGCAUUCAAAUGCAAGACCUGGUAUAUAUAUAUAUAUAUAUGUGCACAUCACAUUGUGACAUGAUGAUUGAUGGGAUGAAUUAUGUAGUGCUUUGGCAGCUAGAUAGUUACAAGCCAUUUCACAAACCUGUUGAGCAUCAGCCAACUCAGCCAAGACCAAGUGGCAGGGAUGAUGAAGAGACAGUACAUUGUCUGCCUUUUAAAGUCAUUGGAACAUGUUACUCAUCAUCAAGACAAAAAGCUCUUGAAAGAGCGUAUGAUUUCCUCCAUGUUUACAACAGACCAGUUUUUGCUAAAAUAAGUGGCAGAGCCAGAUAA